AUGGCAGCGACUAUCGAUCAGAGCGCACUGGACAAGCUCCUCAGUCAAGACCGCAUCGGCAUACUGGAUGGUGGGCUGGCCACGUACCUGGAGGAUGGACUCAACUUUGACCUUUCCAAAGGUCCACUCUGGAGUGCACGUCUGCUCGACGAGAAGGAGGACGACGUGAGCAACGGAAAGGGACAAAAGGGAAUUUUCGACGCUCAUUUGCACUACUUGCAAGCGGGCGCCGGCAUCAUCGGUACCGCCACAUAUCAAGCUUCGCUCGAAUCGUUCGCAAGGGCCAACUACGACCAAGCUUCGGCGUCGCAUCUCAUGACCAAAGCCCUCGACCUCGCAUGCCAGGCACUGCAAGCGCACAACACCAGCUCAGCUUCUUCAUCCUCGGCCACUCCUAUGAUCAGCUUGAGCUUGGGUCCUUACGGCGGAAUGCUCAGUAACGGCGCCGAAUACACGGGAGACUACCGACGCACUUUCCUAUCGGAAUCCGACCCACAACGCGAGGAGCAACCCUCUCUGGAAGAGAUGGCAGCUUUCCAUCAGAGACGUAUCGAAGCAUUCAUCGCUCAGCCCAGCUGGCAAAGCGUGGGAAUUUUGGCGGUCGAAACAGUACCGCGAGCCGACGAGGCGCUUGCUUUCCGAAUGGCACUCGAGAACGUUGCACGCAGCCACGAAGAGCAGGGCAAGCCGCUGGACAGGAAGCCGGUCUACAUCAGUAUGGCCUUCCCAGACGAUCGCCGUCUCCCUUGGCCUCCGCUCACAACAGGGUCUGCCGUGGAUCGAGAAGGCGAUGUAGACAUGGACGAAGACGAGGACGACGAGGCAGCAGAGCAAGAAGGUGCUGUGCAGGAGGAAAUGAAUUGGCUCGUUCAAAUUGUCACUGACACACAAGUUCAGGGUCACGACUCGUUGUGGCCUAUCAGCGGUAUCGGAAUUAACUGCACAAAGCCGUACCUGCUGCCCAAAUUGGUCCAGCGAAUGUCGGCUUCGCUCGUCACACUCAACCGAUCGGCGAGCGAUGGUGGUAUCGACCUUCAACACCGAAGGAGCGCGGCAGGUCUGCAAAAGCCACUGCUGUUCCUCUAUCCCGACGGCGGACUCGUCUACGAUGCGGUGCGCAAAAUCUGGCUUACGCCUUCCAACGCGGGCGAUCUCGGUCAGGGAGACAACUCUGCGGCGUCCUGGGCGUCGAGGCUGAUGAAGUUAGCAAAGAGCAUCACGGCUGCAAGCGAUCCCGAUUUGCCGGAUGUUUGGCGAGGCGUAUUUGUUGGAGGCUGCUGCAAGAGCGGAACUGACGAGAUCCGUGCUCUUUGCGAAUGUCUUUCCUCGUAA